GUACCUAUUGACCUUUGUCACUCUACAUACUUUACCAGGUACUUGACGCUCUUCUUUCCCUUGAAUCAGGUAUCGUAGCAAUGUCAUCCUCGAAACUAUACCUCGCCGUCGUCGGUGUCGGCGGUGUCGGUACCGCCUUCCUCUCUCAACUCUCCAACUUGCCCACCUCUCUACGCCCAACACUGAUCUUCCUCUCCCGCUCCGCGAAACAACUCUACACACAGAACUACGAUGCCAUCUCGCCCUCAGACUUGCAGUCCUCAUCGUCGAAACUCCUCUCCCUGUCCGAUCUGACGUCCUACCUCUCCGGUACGCCCGGCAAAGCCAUCCUUGUUGACAACACCUCGAACCAGGACGUCGCCAAUGCGUACCCGAGCUUCUUGCGCAAGGGCAUUAGCGUUGUGACGCCGAACAAGAAGGCGUUCUCGGGCAGUCUGCAGCUGUGGACGGAUAUCUUUAGUGCCGUGGAGGAGAGUGAUGGACGGGCGAUGGUGUACCACGAGAGCAGUGUGGGCGCCGGGUUGCCUGUGAUUUCCACCCUGAAAGAUCUGGUCGCGACGGGCGAUACAGUCACACGGAUCGAGGGCGUAUUCUCGGGUACGAUGUCGUUUCUCUUUAACUCGUUCGCUCCUGCAGAAAGUUCAGGAACAGGGAAGGGAGCAAAAUGGUCCGAAAUCGUCACGCAGGCGAAAGAGGCCGGCUACACGGAGCCCGACCCUAGGGACGACUUGAAUGGGAUGGAUGUUGCGCGGAAAUUGACCAUCCUGGCGCGUCUGGCGGGGCUCAAAGUCGAGGGCCCAGAGAGUUUCCCGGUGCAGAGUUUGAUUCCGAAAGAGUUGGAGAGCGCGGGCAGUAGUGACGAGUUCAUGAAGAGGCUGCCGGAGUUUGAUGGCGAGAUGGAAGGGUACAAGGACCAGGCGGCGCGAGAGGGCAAGGUUGUGAGAUAUGUGGGCAGUGUCGAUGUUGGGGCUGGGAAGGUGAAAGUUGGGCUGGAGAUGGUGGAACGGGGCACGCCGAUUGCGAGUCUAAGGGGCAGUGACAAUUUGAUCUGUUUUUAUACCAAGCGCUACGGGGCGAAUCCGUUGGUGAUCCAGGGCGCAGGCGCAGGUGGUGAGGUUACGGCGAUGGGGGUCACGGCCGAUCUGAUCAAGGUCGUCGAGCGAUUGAGAUAGACAGGAAAGCGGGUCCAAAACGUGUGAAUUAGGGCUUCAAAAGUUGUGAAUGGGUUCGGAAAGUAUAGUAUGUGCAUAGAGCCUAUCCAUGUGCAUGGAUAUCAGAAGGCGAUGUGGCUUGUAUACCCAGGUCUGUGUCAGCUGCGUAGAUACUCCUUCACAGCCUCGCCCCAGAC